AUGAGCAUUGACGAAGGGGCUGAUAUUCUGGCGCGGGUUCAAAGAGCCGGCCUGUUAGCCGAUUUCUCUACUGGUCCACAACAAAUUCCAACUGACGGAACAACUCCGUCUCCGCCAUGGCCACCAUUGUUUGAGGACAAUGGACAUGAUGCCGACAGCGAAGACAGCGACGACGAGGAUGACGACGAUGACAGCGGACACAACCAACGGGUCCUGGAUGCUCAAAAAGAAUGGGACGAGUCCAUGCGUCAGCUAGGGUCCCUGUUUACACUCAUAUUCUUCCCAAUUAUUGGCAAGUUUCUCGGCAGGCGGUUCUCUUAUUACUGUAAGUGUGACAACAUUUUUUACGAAACGGGUCUUGCCUCCGGCGGCUGGGGCUCCGCCCCAGACCCCGUGGCUCGCUUCGCUCGUUGCUUGGACCGUGGAGACGGGGUGUUUCUGUGGCAUCGUGGUCACUGGCACAGGGUCUCAAUGCUUGGAACUGAUCAAACUAACAUUGUAGUAUGGAGACAGUACCUGGAUUACCGCUACGCUCCUUCCAAGCCAUCGUAG